AUGGAAUUGGAAGGUCUUAAAAUUGUGCUAGUCACUGGCUGUGCUAAAGGUGGCAUUGGCUAUGAAUAUUGCAAAGCAUUUGCCGAGCAAAACUGCCAUGUCAUUGCCUCGGACAUCCCUCGACGGGCCGACCACAUGUUAGACCUCAAUUCGGAGAAGAAUAUAGAGACACUAGAGCUUGAUGUCUCGUCUGACCAAAGUGUAUCCACAGCGGUGGACAAUGUUAUCUCAAGAUAUGGACGAAUUGAUGUAUUGGUCAACAAUGCCGGUGUAGGGAGUACAGGACCAUUGGCAGAACUUUCGCUGGACACAGUCAGGAAAGCUUGGGAAAUUAAUACAUUAGGGCAAUUAAGGUUGGUGCAAAAGGUUGUGCCUCACAUGGCGUCGAAGGGAAGCGGUAGAAUAGUGAAUGUAGGGAGUGUUGCAGGGGUAGUGCCAACACCGUGGGCAGGGUCAUACUGUGCUAGUAAGGCAGGGGUCCAUGCCAUGACCAAUACAUUGAGAGUUGAACUUAGACCUUUUGGAAUUAAUGUGGUACUAGUUAUUCCUGGUGCUAUAAGAUCAAAUUUUGGUAGGGCUACAUCAGAGGAAUUGGCAAAUCAGGACUGGAAACUGUAUAAGGAUUUUAAGGAUGCUAUUGCUGAAAGAGCUAAGGCUUCUCAAGGUAGCAAAGCAACUGAUGCUACAAUUUUUGCAAGACAUGUAGCCAAGAAAGUCUUGAGUCCUAAACCACCAAAACAAAUUGUUUUUGGUCAUAUGACUGGUUUGUUUGCUGUGCUUUCUUGGUCUCCCCUUUGGGUUAAAGACCUUUUCUUUUCCACUCGUUUUAAUGUAAGUAGGAAGGCCUAAGUAUAUGUGUACCCUAAUCAUAAACUUGUUAUCAGCUUUCAGAAGUUUA